GUACGAAGUACUAUCAUUUACAGCAAAAAUGGGCCUAUAAAAACUGCACGUCUCAAACCAAUUUAUCAGUGCGACUUCAAAGCUAGCAAAGAUGAAGACGAUUUUUGUGUUCCUUGCGCUUGUUGGUCUUAGCUUUGGUGCUCCUAGACCCCAUAGUCCGGUGCACCACAAGCAUGUCCCCAGAAGCCUGAUUGACGACCUGCAAGACUUUUUGGACCUCCUGCCACUUGACGACAUCAAAGCCAUUGCUGACGAUCAUCUGCAAACCGAUGGUGCUUUUGCCGCUGUUGUUAUCUACCUUCAAGGACCUGAAUGGGAAGCCCUCGUCGACGAAGUCGGCUCCAAGCCUGCCGUUCAAGACUUUAUCCAAUACCUUACCGAUGCUGGUCUCCCAGUGACAGACAUCAUUGCUUGGAUCCACGAUCUCAUUGCUGGAGCCGCUCCUGGAAUUGAACCUGAUGAAGAUGGAUCUCUCAGACCUCUCCUUGACGAAAUCGAAGCCAUCCUCCCUGUUGACGAUCUCAUUGCUUUGUUGAACGACAAACUCCAAAACAGCCCUGACUUCCAAGCUUUGUACACUGAAGUGUCCAGUGAGGAAGCUCAUGCUCUCGUUGAAGAAGUCCGUGCCAUCGAUGAAGUUCAACGCCUUGCUCAACGUCUCAGAGAUUUCGGUGUCAAAGUCGACGAAACUUUGGCUGUCAUCUACGAAUUCUUGGGUUGGGGUGAACCAGUUGUUAAAAAAUCCCCCAGAAGCUUGAUUGAUGACCUCCAAGAUUUUUUGGACCUUCUGCCACUCGACGACAUCAAAGCCAUUGCUGACGAUCAUCUGCAAACCGAUGGUGCUUUUGCCGCUGUUGUUAUCUACCUUCAAGGACCUGAAUGGGAAGCCCUCGUUGACGAAGUCGGCUCCAAGCCUGCCGUUCAAGACUUUAUCCAAUACCUUACCGAUGCUGGUCUCCCAGUGACAGACAUCAUUGCUUGGAUCCACGAUCUCAUUGCUGGUGCCGCUCCUGGAAUCGAACCUGAUGAAAAUGGAUCUCUCAGACCUCUCCUUGACGAAAUCGAAGCCAUUAUUCCUGUUGACGAUCUCAUCGCUUUGUUGAACGACAAACUCCAAAACAGCCCCGACUUCCAAGCUUUGUACACUGAAGUGUCCAGUGAGGAAGCUCAUGCUCUCGUUGAAGAAGUUCGUGCCAUCGAUGAAGUUCAACGCCUUGCUCAACGUCUCAGAGAUUUCGGUGUCAAAGUCGACGAAACUUUGGCUGUCAUCUACGAAUUCUUGGGUUGGGGUGAACCAGUUGUUAAAAAAUCCCCCAGAAGCUUGAUUGAUGAUCUCCAAGAUUUUUUGGACCUUCUGCCCCUUGACGACAUCAAAGCCAUUGCUGACGAUCAUCUGCAAACCGAUGGUGCUUUUGCCGCUGUUGUUAUCUACCUUCAAGGACCUGAAUGGGAAGCCCUCGUCGACGAAGUCGGCUCCAAGCCUGCCGUUCAAGACUUUAUCCAAUACCUUACCGAUGCUGGUCUCCCAGUGACAGACAUCAUUGAUUGGAUCCACAAUCUCAUUGCUGGUGCCGCUCCUGGAAUCGAACCUGAUGAAAAUGGAUCUCUCAGACCUCUCCUUGACGAAAUCGAAGCCAUUAUUCCUGUUGACGAUCUCAUCGCUUUGUUGAACGACAAACUCCAAAACAGCCCCGACUUCCAAGCUUUGUACACUGAAGUGUCCAGUGAGGAAGCUCAUGCUCUCGUUGAAGAAGUUCGUGCCAUCGAUGAAGUCCAACGCCUUGCUCAACGUCUCAGAGAUUUCGGUGUCAAAGUCGACGAAACCUUGGCUGUCAUCUACGAAUUCUUGGGUUGGGGUGAACCAGUUGUUAAAAAAUCCCCCAGAAGCUUGAUUGAUGACCUCCAAGACUUUUUGGACCUUCUGCCACUUGACGACAUCAAAGCCAUUGCUGACGAUCACCUGCAAACCGAUGGUGCUUUUGCCGCUGUUGUUAUCUAUCUUCAAGGACCUGAAUGGGAAGCCCUCGUCGACGAAGUCGGCUCCAAGCCUGCCGUUCAAGACUUUAUCCAAUACCUUACCGAUGCUGGUCUCCCAGUGACAGACAUCAUUGAUUGGAUCCACAAUCUCAUUGCUGGUGCCGCUCCUGGAAUCGAACCUGAUGAAAAUGGAUCUCUCAGACCUCUCCUUGACGAAAUCGAAGCCAUUAUUCCUGUUGACGAUCUCAUCGCUUUGUUGAACGACAAACUCCAAAACAGCCCCGACUUCCAAGCUUUGUACACUGAAGUGUCCAGUGAGGAAGCUCAUGCUCUCGUUGAAGAAGUUCGUGCCAUCGAUGAAGUUCAACGCCUUGCUCAACGUCUCAGAGAUUUCGGUGUCAAAGUCGACGAAACUUUGGCUGUCAUCUACGAAUUCUUGGGUUGGGGUGAACCAGUUGUUAAAAAAUCCCCCAGAAGCUUGAUUGAUGAUCUCCAAGAUUUUUUGGACCUUCUGCCCCUUGACGACAUCAAAGCCAUUGCUGACGAUCAUCUGCAAACCGAUGGUGCUUUUGCCGCUGUUGUUAUCUACCUUCAAGGACCUGAAUGGGAAGCCCUCGUCGACGAAGUCGGCUCCAAGCCUGCCGUUCAAGACUUUAUCCAAUACCUUACCGAUGCUGGUCUCCCAGUGACAGACAUCAUUGAUUGGAUCCACAAUCUCAUUGCUGGUGCCGCUCCUGGAAUCGAACCUGAUGAAAAUGGAUCUCUCAGACCUCUCCUUGACGAAAUCGAAGCCAUUAUUCCUGUUGACGAUCUCAUCGCUUUGUUGAACGACAAACUCCAAAACAGCCCCGACUUCCAAGCUUUGUACACUGAAGUGUCCAGUGAGGAAGCUCAUGCUCUCGUUGAAGAAGUUCGUGCCAUCGAUGAAGUCCAACGCCUUGCUCAACGUCUCAGAGAUUUCGGUGUCAAAGUCGACGAAACCUUGGCUGUCAUCUACGAAUUCUUGGGUUGGGGUGAACCAGUUGUUAAAAAAUCCCCCAGAAGCUUGAUUGAUGACCUCCAAGACUUUUUGGACCUUCUGCCACUUGACGACAUCAAAGCCAUUGCUGACGAUCACCUGCAAACCGAUGGUGCUUUUGCCGCUGUUGUUAUCUAUCUUCAAGGACCUGAAUGGGAAGCCCUUGUUGACGAAGUCGGCUCCAAGCCUGCCGUUCAAGACUUUAUCCAAUACCUUACCGAUGCUGGUCUCCCAGUGACAGACAUCAUUGAUUGGAUCCACAAUCUCAUUGCUGGUGCCGCUCCUGGAAUCGAACCUGAUGAAAAUGGAUCUCUCAGACCUCUCCUUGACGAAAUCGAAGCCAUUAUUCCUGUUGACGAUCUCAUCGCUUUGUUGAACGACAAACUCCAAAACAGCCCCGACUUCCAAGCUUUGUACACUGAAGUGUCCAGUGAGGAAGCUCAUGCUCUCGUUGAAGAAGUUCGUGCCAUCGAUGAAGUUCAACGCCUUGCUCAACGUCUCAGAGAUUUCGGUGUCAAAGUCGACGAAACUUUGGCUGUCAUCUACGAAUUCUUGGGAUGGGGCGAACCAAAACAUUUCUAAAUUAGAAAUUGUUGUUUGUAAAUAAUUGUAAUUAUGUUUAUAAAUAAUUAUUAUGUACAGUGUUUUGAAAAAUUUGUGAUUUAAGAUAUCAGAAAAUCGUUUCCUUAUUAAACUAAAUAAUUUUUUUUUCAAAAAA